CCUGCGAGGGGACGCACGGUGUGGUCUGCGAGAUGGAUAUGGGCCAGUAUCAGGCCUUUUGCGACGACCCCGGACCUCUGGAGAACGGCACUGCCGAGGUGAUGAACCAGGUAGUCGUCGGAAGAAUGCUCGAGGGGACGCAGAUUGCGUACCGCUGCUCCGAGCUGCACUACCUGGUUGGUGAGAGCCGCAUCACCUGCCUUCGGAACAGGACGUGGACAUCAGCCAAGCCGCGCUGCAUGAAACUGACAACGUGCCUGGAGCCACCGGUGCCUCCAUAUGGUGAAGUGGAAUACGUAUAUGAGGUGGCAGCGGACUCAAGUAAGACGGGUCGACAAAGACUUCGGCUUUCGCUGAUGGCCCUGGACCCAUCUUCAGCGGUGCAUCUUCCCAAGGGUCACUACAGAGUGGGCACCCGCGCCACUUUCUCGUGCCUAAACCAAUUCUACUCGCUCGUGGGAUCCGAGGUGCGUAGGUGUCUGCCCGACGGAACCUGGACAGGGAGGACCGCAACCUGCAUACCAGUGUGCGGCCGCUCGGAUUCUCCGCGGUCGCCGUUCAUCUACCACGGGAACGUGAGCGAGGCCGGCCAGUGGCCGUGGCUGGGCCUUUCCAUGUGGUCCGCGGGGGAGAAGGCCUGGGACCUGCAGUGUGGUGGCACGCUGCUCUCCGAGAGCUGGGUGGUCACGGCAGCGCACUGUGUCGCUAGGGACCGCCGCGGCAAUCUACACGCGCCGAAGGACUUGCGCAUCUACGUGGGCAAGUACCACCGAGACGACGCCCUCGACGACGCCUUCGUGCAAGUGCGAACUCCCCAGGAGAUCCACGUGCACGAUGACUACGAUCCCGUGAAAUAUGACGCCGACAUCGCGAUGGUGCUGCUGGAUAGGCCGGUGGAGCUGAGCAGUCGAGUGCAGCCCAUAUGCCUGCCCAGCGAGAGGACCUCGCAGUCAAACAUCGUCGACGGCCGACUGGGCGUGGCAACCGGAUGGGGCCAGACCGAGAACAGGAGCUACGCGGAUGUCCUGCGACAAGCCGUGAUCCCCGUGGUGUCAGCUCAGGAGUGCGAGCGUGCCUACCGCGAGGGCCGCUUUCCCCUGACGGUAACGUCCAACAUGUUCUGCGGGGGCUACGUCAAGGGACGAGUGGACGCCUGCACGGGAGACAGCGGAGGCCCGUUCGCCUUCGUCGACGAGUCGGUGGCGGACAGACGAGUGUGGGUGCUGGAAGGAAUCGUCAGCUGGGGAGGGCCUCGAGGUUGCGGAGCUCCAAACCACUUCGGCGGAUACACCAAGGUUGCGGCGUUCAUCGAAUGGAUACGGCAGUUCCUAUAACGAGUCAACCAGUGGCGCGAGUGGCCGACUGUCACAGAUCGACUGAGGACGUCAUUCGCAGGAAAGACCCCAGCGUGCUUGGCAUGUCUACUGACGGGCAGUAGACCGGGACGGACUCGUUGAUGGCAUUGCUCACACGCCCCAGGAUGGACUUUCUUAGAAUAUUCAUCACUAGUGGCUUAUCUAUAAAAGCAGAACUCAAUUUAAAGGGAUUUAAGGGAUGUAAACGAUUCUCGCUGUAAUAUGCCUGGAUGCUCGAAGCAUAAAUAUUGCGAGUAUCCAGAGUACCUGCGUGAAUUACGUUUCAUAUCAUUGCAGGAGUGACGUUCUCAGCUGCCGUUUCAACACUUAGAAACUGCAUGUUUCACAAUGCUUUAACUGCCAUGGGCUGUAUUUGUACUGCCCAAAUGAGGAAUUAACUUAGCCAUAACGAGGACUAUACCGAAGCGUAUACGCAUAUACUGCCUAGCUGAGGACAGUUAUUCGUAUUUUCACCAAAGGUUGCUCAAGUGCCUAUAGCAAUUUUGCUAUUUUGCGGCAAGUAAGUACAGCGCAGUCGCACCUUGCCACCAACGCUAUUCUGUAUUGUAAUAGUCGGCUCGCUUCAGCGAGAAGUAGAGCAAUUUUCCUUUGAAACCAUAAGCAACAAUAUGCGCAGAUGCCAGGAUCUGUAUUGCAACGAAUGUCUUUGAAGUUUGGUUCUGCCACCUGUUGCUAUUAUGCGAUCUUCCUUUGGUAAGUCGGUAAGUACGUCGGGAUGAGCCUUCGUCGCUGCGCAACUCUAAUCACGAUUGCAUUCUACAGCCUGCUGCAGCUGUACAGGAGCUUAGGAAACACACUGCCCGAUCGCACAAUUGAAACAUGAUCACCUCCCUUCGGGGCCAUGGAGGCGAAUGUUUACUGCUAUAGUCGGAUGGUGGAUCAUUUGCUACAAACCCUGUAAACAAAAUACUGCCACUUAUUACUGCGCGAAGUGCGACGAAUGGACAUUGUGGUUUGUAAGUGUUCAAUAAAUUU